AUGGUCGCAAAUCUCGGGGCCGUCGUAACGGGCGCGGCGGCGAGCUCGUUCACAGCCAUCCCAUUGCCCUUCUCCCGUCGUCACCUCACCGUCGCCCGUCGUCAGCUCCCCGCAACUCGUCGCGACAUCCCUGCCACUCGUCGCAACAUCCCCGCCACAAGUCGUUACCUCCCCGUCAGCCGUCGUCACAUCCCCGCUGCUCUUUGCCACAUCCCCGCCGCCCGUCGUCACCUCCUCGUCGCCCGUCGUCAGCUCACCGCCGUGCGUUGUUAG